AUGAGUGAGCAAGCGGAGAGUUGGGAGGGCGAAAUAAUCAACUCUGCUAGCCCUAAGGGCAGUAGCGGCGGUUUAGCGCCUGAGCCACAGUCAGGUGAUUGGCUUUGCGCGUGUGUGGCGCUGUUGCUGAGUCAACCAAAGCACCCAGCUUUCGGACGAUCGCAUGUUGCGCGAGAGCGACAGCCAUCGAACAAACUCCACGAUGCUGCACAGCAUACAGCUAUGUCGACAUCGCGAGAUGAUUUAACGCGGCAUCGACACGUUACGCCACCCUCUAUUUUCAAAGGCCAGCCUUUGACGCCUCCGCUGACAGUCGAGAAGCUAUACACGGAGGCACCUCGCAUUAUCGCGCUGUUCAGACAGAUCCAAGCAGGAAGGGCCACGGCUGGAGAGCCGUUAAAAGAAUUCCAGCUUGUACAGGGAGAGUACGAGCAGAUAGAGAGGACGCUCCUGCAGGACAACGUGCUUUUGGGACACGUGAGAGAUAAGAUACGUUAUGACUACGACGAAGACCAGUAUAAACUAGCCAUUCGCAUGCCUACUGCGGUCCAUGAGCUCUUCCUUAAAGGCGUGGAGGAUGGCAUUCAGAGUCAGCUAAGAGCAUUAUGUGACGGGUCAGAUAAGAAGGCUCGAUUCGCGCAGAAAAUACAGCCAGCUGGAUCGACUGAAAUACGUUUCGCCCCAAUUGAUUCAUCUAGCAAAUCCAAGUACGAACCCGACGCGUCGUUCUGGCAUGACGACGCACAAUAUCCGGGCGUCAUUAUUGAAGUCGCAUACUCGCAGAAGAAGGCGCGCCUACGCCGGUUAGCUGAUAACUAUCUUUUAGAUUCGGAUGCCAACGUACGGGUUGUUAUUGGCCUAGACAUUGCGUACAGCAAUGAGUCGCGUAAAGCAACGUUAUCUGUUUGGCGGCCCCAACUUUUCGAUACUGUUGACGGACCUGAAUUACGCGCUGAAGAAGUAGUCUCGGGCGAGGCUUUCCGUGACGACGGAGGAAAUCCUGUCGAACACCGUGGCCUACGGCUCCGCCUAAGCGACUUCACUUGCAAAGAGCUUGCACGGGAGCAGUUAGGAGACGAAGAUGCAGAAAUUUGGAUAUCUGGGACACAGCUCUGCCGGUAUGUUGAGAGGGCAGAGAGCAAAGUACAGCGAGCACUGCGUAAGGAUACCUUGCCCAAGGAGGUCAAAAAGCGGAAACGAUCAACAACACCCUCUGAAAACAUUCGGGACUGUGAUGAAGCAAACUACGUUAAGGAAGAGGAGAGUGCAGCAAAGCGCAUCGCGUUUCGUGAUAGUGAUUACGAGGAUAGGUCAUCAACCAAGAGCCUAUCAGAAUAG